AUCUGGCAGCUCCACUCACUGACACGGUAGGAUUCAAAAUACACCACGUACUUCGAUAAUACGCUGCCUCCUUUACGUAAGUAUAUACACUGUACUCUUCUACGUUAUCUCUGAUACGGAACGCUUUGGUUGCUAACAGUACUGAGAGAGUCGAGUCGACUAAAGACACUGUUUACACCAAGUGACCGUUCGGCUUUCACUUUGUAGAUGAUCUGCGCAUAAUUCUCAAGGUUAAUGUUGCCGAUGAGAAUAUGAAGUUUGCUCUUUUAAUCGCCGUUCAGAAUGUGUUCAUCUUGGCUGUCUAUGGGCAGAGGAGGAUUACACCUUGGACAAACAGGGACUGCGCAAGGAUGACUCAGGCUUGUGAUCAGAUAACAACUGGCGUCCAAGGAACAUCCGGGCCUCCAGGUAUCGCUGGGAGCCGCGGUGAACCGGGCCCGGCAGGACCCACAGGACCACAGGGGCUAAGAGGGCCUCCUGGAAGAUCUAGACCCGGCCCCCCAGGACCACCGGGGCCACCAACGGGUCAACGGCCGGGUCCCCCAGGGGAUCGCGGCGAAAGAGGAAGGAGAGGGAGCCCCGGGGACCCUGGAGACGAUGGAGAGAAUGGACUGAGAGGAAGGAAAGGAUUUAAAGGGUUUGAUGGGGUUAAGGGAAGGAGAGGCCCGGAGGGAAGUCCUGGAGAGCGAGGGCCUCCUGGUGUGACAGGGUCCGCCGGUACCAUAGGAACUUGGACGCGCUGCUCCUGGGAGUUAAACCGCAAUAAAGAUAACGGACUGCUAAAGGAAUGUAUUUUCACUAAAAAAGACCCCAACUCAGUCUUACGCGUGGUGUAUGAAGGAAAUCUACAGAUUGGUCUCUGCCAGGAUUGCUGCAAGCGUUGGUACUUUAUAUUCGACGACGCCGAGUGUAACAACCCAGGCCCUAUCGACGCGAUUGUGUCGGGAGGUCUGAGUCGUGAUUACCCCUUUUACUCCUAUGGCAGAAUCGAAGGCUUUUGUGAAAGAAGAUUUUCUUCAGGGCCGAUUCGAAUUGGACUGCAAAUGGAGAACUGUAAGACUUUUGCGAGCUCUCUGUUACCCUACAAUAUACAACUGUACAAGCGUUAUGGAAAUAUACUCAUUCAAGAAGUUUCGCCAGCGCAGUGAAAUACAUCUGUAACCAGUUUUCCCAGUCUCUCUUAGCCCGAGUGUUAACGCGGUCCCAUUUUUUGUUCCUUUCCCAGCUGUGAAGCCAAUGACAACUUUAAAUCUUUCCUUAAUAACUACGCAAAAUAAAUAAUUUCUCCAAAAACAAAUGGAUAUCGAUAAAAGCGCGGGUAUUGCCUGUGGAAAAAUUUUAAAAGGUAAUCUACAGUCUACACUGUUGAAUUACCAGGUAAAACU